UUACAGACUUGCAGAUAAUCGCGCCAUAACAGCAGAUCACUGUUCAAAGUGACAAGUCGUGGCGCGAACAACAGACGAGAACAAGUACCAAACUAGAAAUUAAAUAUCCUUCGGAUGAUAUUAAAUACUUUUUGUUGAAAGUAAAUAUACUUAUUCCGUACAAUUUGGAAUAAACUGGAAAAAUAUGUUUCAUAACCAUGACAGUGUGCAAACUAAAAACAGCGUCAAAAUGAUUUAGAACAAACGCUAAUCUAAUAAAAAAUCUUGACAAGACUAAUGCAACGUUCUUGUGGAAUUUGUUCAUUCAAAAUAAUGUGAUGCUUGUGAUGCGUGAGAGUUACAUGAAGAGUAAACAAAGUAUCCUAUGAAAUAAAGGAGCCAAUGUUAAUUGUACAACAACAAAAAUGUGUUGAACUUAAAAACUAAAAGAACAACUGAAUGAAUUUCAACAAAGCAAGAAAAAUCUAAACAAUAAAGAAUAAUACUAAAAUAUACUGUAAAAAAAUAUAUAACAAGUGAACUAAGUAAAUAUGGAGAAUCUCGGUUAUAAAGAGGGCACUGCGAAACCGCGACGUAUGGCACGCUCCAUCAGCGUGGUGACAAAGAGCGAGCUGGAGCAACCAUUGGCUGGUAAUAAUGCCAGAUUCAAAUCGAUACCGCCAAAUUUAAUGGUACGAUGGCGCAACAAUAAUGCAGACGCCAUGAUAGAGGCCCAAUAUCCGACACCCGGUGAAUUCGAGUACAUGGAGUGCGGACCCUCGCCGCCAGCCGAAAGCGCGCCCAGCAUGUAUGAUAGCUUCGAGGAGCCCACCAGCGAGCUAAGCGUACAAAUAUGCAACGACACGCUGCGCAUCAGUCUCAUCGAUCAGAUGAAGAGCGCCGCAGGACGGGUGCGUUUCCUAGAGGAUAUCGAACAGGGCAACGUGAUCAAAGAUAACACCAAAGCACAUUUCGAAUCAGCAUCGAAAAUCGAGAAGAAUCUCAGUUACUUGUGGGCAGCGUUUUUGAAGCGUUGGGACUUACUACAAAGUUUCCUAGACAUAGGCGCUGAAUUGAAUUUCUGUGAUCAAAAUGGCAUUUCGGCUUUGCAUUUGGGCGCCUUUAGCGGCUGCCUAUCGACGUUAAGUUUCCUAGUCGGCCAGUCAAUGAAUGUGAAUCUACAACCAAAAUGUUAUACGCCGCUGCAUUGUGCAGCUUUCGGCAAUUCCGCCGAAGCGGCUAAGUUUCUAAUCAACAAUGGUGCACUCAUCACCAUCGACACCAAUAAACCGAACUGUGAGGAAAGUCUACUGCACUGUGCUGUGCGCGCCAAUGCGCUCGAAUGCGUGAAACUAUUCAUUGUGGAAGGCGCAGACGUGAAUUCUUUGAAACCAAAUGGCACCAAUGCGAUACACCUGGCGGCAGAUUUGGGCAACGCGCAGUGCUUGGAGGCGCUGCUGAGUGCACCUGGUGCCGAUGCCAAUGUGCGAAUAUGCAUACGGGAAAAGGAGUCGACAGCGUUGCAUUUGGCCGCCGAUGAAGGCAAUGUUGAAUGCGUCGAUCUGCUGCUGGCAAAAGGUGCUGAUGCGAAAUUGAAGAAUCAUCGCGGCUUUACAGCCUUGCAUUUAGCGGCGCGCACUUCAAGUCUGGAAUGUGUGGAAUCGCUGUUGCGUAACGGUAAUGCCGAUCCCAACGCCGAAGACUUCGAUCAUCGUACGCCGUUACACGCGGCGAUAGGCAAAUCGGAGAAUGCCUUUGAUAUACUCGAGUUACUAAUACAAUGGGGUGCCAAUGUGAAUCAUAAAGAUAUUUAUGGUUUUACCGCCUUACAUUUAGCCGCGCUCGACGGCUUGGCACAAUCCGUUGAAAUGCUGAUCUUUCACGGCGCGGAUGUGACAACGAAAUCGAAAAAGGGCACUUCAGCCUUGAAUGUCAUCACGCGUAAGACGCCCGCUUCGGUGGCGAUGAUACGCCAGAAACUGGAUGCCGCCAUUACGCUGCACCACUCACAGGACCCAGUCAAUCGCGAGGUAGAGUUAGAACUCGACUUUCGACAGUUAUUGCAGCACUGUCAUCCACGUGAGAUAAGCUAUCUGAACACAUUUGUGGACGAAGGACAGAAGGAAAUACUCGAGCAUCCGUUAUGCUCCUCGUUUUUGUACAUAAAAUGGGGUAAAAUACGUAAAUACUAUAUUGGUCGGCUCAUCUUCUGUUUCACCUUCGUGCUCUUUCUCACACUCUACGUACUAACCGCGCUCGCACACAAUUGCUAUAACGGCAGCAAGGACGACAACACGACCAUACAGGCUAAAGAACUCUGCCAAAAGCAGUCCAUACUCGGCGAUAUGCUGCGCAAUAAUCCCUUUGUGAUGGAAAUGCAAUGGUGGGUAUUGGUCGCUAUCACCAUCGUUGAGAUAUUUCGGAAGCUCUAUGGUAUAACGGGUUAUUCAACGUUCAAACACUAUGUGACGCAGGUGGAAAAUAUCAUGGAAUGGUUCGUCAUAACUAGCGUCUUUAUCAUCUCCUACAUAUACACGAACAAGACAUAUACCUUUCAGAACCACAUAGGCGCAUUUGCGGUGCUAUUGGGUUGGACAAAUCUGAUGUUGAUGAUUGGUCAAUUGCCAGUCUUCGAUGUCUACGUGGCGAUGUACACACGUGUACAAGGUGAAUUCGCGAAACUUUUCAUGGCAUACUCGUGCAUGCUGAUCGGUUUCACGAUUAGUUUUUGCGUAAUCUUUCCCUCAUCUUCGUCGUUCGCCAACCCCUUCAUGGGAUUCAUCACUGUACUGGUAAUGAUGAUCGGCGAACAAGAUCUAUCAUUGCUGAUCAACGAUCCCGACGGCAAGGAUCCGCCAUUCUUAUUGGAGGUGAGCGCCCAAAUCACAUUUGUGCUCUUUCUACUCUUCGUAACAAUCAUACUGAUGAACUUAUUGGUCGGCAUAGCCGUGCAUGACAUACAGGGCUUAAAGAAGACCGCAGGGCUCUCGAAACUGGUACGCCAAACUAAACUCAUAUCGUACAUAGAGUCCGCACUCUUUAACGGCUAUUUACCGCCUUGGCUACGCAAUCUAUUACACUAUACGGCACUAGUCUCGCCGCAGGCUUACCGCGUCGUGUUGUGCGUAAAGCCGUUAAAUCCCAGCGAAAAGCGUUUACCACGCGAAAUACUCAUGAAGGCGUACGAAGUGGGAAAAAUGCGUAAACAUUUCGGACACACGAUUUCGGCGAAAGGAACAGCCGCGACUUAUUUGCAAUACAAAAACAAAUAUAAUGAUAAUCAGACACAAAACUACUCAAUGGACGACUUGGAAACGACACAUUUUAACACGCUAACGACGAAAAUCGACGAAAAUGCCGAACGCAUUGAAUUCCUCACGCAGGAAAUUCAGGAACUGAAGCAAGCGCUCAUCACGCAACAACAGCAGGCGAGCAAAGUGAUCGAUAAGCUAUUGAUUGUGAUUUCAAAUCAGCAAAAGAAUAAUUUAAGGAAAUAAUUGAAAUAGCUGACAGCAUAAGAGAAUUUCAAAUAAAACGGCACAUUGUUUAGUUAGUAUAAUAGACGAACGCGGAUAGCAACCAGCAUUAAGUUAUAUCAUCUAUACAAUUAGAUUUCUAAGCAUGGCAAUAUAAAGUAGUUAGCAUUGUUAAUAUUCAUAAAUAUAAUAACGUACGAGUAUUUAUAAUAUUUUUACUUAUUUACAUUCCACACUUAUGUACUGUGUAUAUUAUGGUAUUUAAAACUUUGUUUCGGAACCAAUUGGCAAAAAAAAGUAAAAGCUAUUUGGCAAAUUUUAUUUUGUAGGACUCUAUUAAAGAAUACGUAGAUGAAAAACCAAAGCAGUAUUGAAUAACACAUUUGAAAUCUGUUUUCCUUCUUUACUAUUUUAAUAUUUUAAUUUACUUAGUAUAAUCCUCUAAAUAUAAUAUAAAAGAACAAUCUUCUGAUGUUUAAGAUUCCAAUAAACAAAUUUUAAGUUCUUGAAA